AUGAUCAUUGUAUUAGACAACAAUCAUAGAGAGGAUUUACAAUUCUUAAAGAAUGUUUCAUUAGAUGAUUUCAUUCGAAAAGGAGAUAAUAAGAAGUUAUAUUUAGGUGCUUCAAAGAAACUUGGAGUAUCACCAGAUAUAGUAGAGAAUGUUGUUAAAGGAAUAUCACAUCUCUUUUCAGAGUGUUCAAGAUACAUGUUGAAUGAGACUGAUUUUGUAGAUUCACUUUCACCUCUAAAGUUUGAUCAAGAGUUGACCGACUACUUGAAAGAUAUGUACUUUGAACAAAGAAAAGAUGUCAGAAAUGUAUUACAAGAGCUUUAUCCACACCUUGAUCACUAUAACAACUUGGAAUGGAGAUUGGAUGUACAGGUUGCCAAUCGUAGUCUUCGUGGUCAAACCAUCAAUCCAAUCUAUAUGAUCAAAUUAACUACCCACAAUUUACAACAAGAACUCAAUCACAAGAAUGAUGAAGAUUCAUCAUCGUCGUCAUCGUCAACAUCCACCUCUUCAAAAGGAGAAAAAGUACAUUAUUUACAAACCGAUCCAAACAAUCUUAAACAUCUUUGCAAUGAAUUGGAAAAUGCAUUGGCUGAAAUUAGAUCAAAUGAUUGUCGUCGUAUUAUGAGAAAUAUCAAAUAUCAUAAUAUUACAGUUACAACAACAACAACAACAACAACAACAACAACAACAACAACAACAACAACAACAGUACAAGUUCAACAUCAUCACAAUCAGAAUAAUAAUAUGACAACAUUAAAGAAGAGUUUUAUUCCAGUAUCGGCAGACUGUCAUUUCCCAAUUCAGAACCUCCCAUACGGUAUAUUCAGUGUAGCUGGAUCAUCACCACGUGUAGGUGUUGCUAUCGGUGACUUUGUAUGCGAUCUCUCUGUUCUCGCUGAUGCUGGUGUUUUCAACGGACCAAUCUUAGGCUCAACUAAAGUUUUCCAUCAAGAUGCAUUAAAUGCAUUUAUGGAAUUGGGUAGAAAGGCAUGGACUGAAGCACGUACAACAUUGAUCAAUGUAUUGGACUCUGAGAAUGCAACUGUUCGUGAUAACGAUGAAUUGCGCAAGUCUGCAUUCCACCUCAGAUCGAGUGUAACUAUGCACUUGCCUGCUCGUAUUGGUGACUAUACAGAUUUCUACGCUUCCAAGGAACACGCCACCAACGUUGGUAUCAUGUUCCGUGGCAAGGAGAAUGCUCUCAUGCCAAAUUGGUUGCACGUACCUAUUGGCUACCACGGACGUUCCUCAUCGAUUGUCGUGUCGGGUACCGAUCUCAAGCGUCCAUGCGGUCAGACCAAAGCCGACGACGAGCCCACUCCCCAAUACACCACCUGCAAGCAAUUAGACUUUGAGUUGGAGAUGGCUGCUUUGGUCGGCACUGGCAACAAUCUCGGCGAGCCAAUCACCAUUGACAAUGCCAAGAACCAUAUCUUUGGUCUCGUCAUUUUGAACGACUGGAGUGCUCGUGACAUUCAAAAGUGGGAGUACGUUCCACUCGGUCCAUUCCUCGGCAAGAACUUUGGUUCGACCAUCUCACCAUGGGUCGUCACCACUGACGCCUUGGAACCAUUUGCCGUCGCCUCGCCCGUACAAGAGCCAACACCACUCCCAUACCUCAAGGAAAAGAGUGACAAGAACACAUUUGACAUUAACCUCUCGGUCGCCAUCCAAAGCCCAAAGAUGGAUGCCCCAAAGGUCAUCUCCAACACCAACCUCAAAUAUAUGUACUGGACAUUGAAUCAACAACUCGCUCACCAUACUGUCAAUGGCUGCAACAUGCGUGCUGGUGACAUGCUCGGAACAGGUACCAUCUCUGGUGCCACCGAAGACAGCUACGGCUCGAUGCUCGAGCUCUGCUGGAAGGGUACCAAGACUGUCCCACUUGGCAACGGAGAAGAAAGAAAGUUCAUUCUCGACGGUGACAAGGUUGUCAUGUCUGGUGUUUGCAAGGGUGAUGGUUAUAACGUUGGUUUUGGUGAUUGUGUUGGUACCAUUCUUCCAGCUCAAAUUAUUAAAUAUUAA